AUGCUUAAGAAGGACAAAAAAAAGAAUAAGGACAAGGGGAUGGACAUGAAUAGUGUUCAAGCAGGAGCCCCUGAAGAGUCGGACAUGAAACUCAGCAAUGGAGGAAAGGCAAAUGAAAGGGAUAGCCAUGAGUUCUUGGAUACAGCCCAGUCCAAAGAGAAGGCCAUUGCUUCCAAGGUCAGCAACACACUUCAUAUGUCCACAGAAGAGUCUGAGUUCCCACAGCAGGUUAGUGGUACUCCCAUGUUUUCAGAGAGUACCAUCUAUCCCAAAUAUGAAGGUAGCCCCAAGUCUUCACCAAAAAACACUCAGCGGAAACAGGAAAACAUUUCUAAAACCCCAGGCUACUCCAAACAGACCAACUAUAGCAACCCUCCCAAGUCUUUGGCAAAAACUACCUAUCCCAAACAGGGGAGCACCCUCAGUCCUGUAGCAAACGGCACCUAUUACAGGGAGGUUGACAUGCCCAAGUCCCUUGAAGAUACCAUUCAGUCCAAGAAAGGUGGCGUGUCCAAGUCCUCUGAAGAUAGUGCCCAAUCCAAGGAAAGCGAGAUCCCCAGGUACUUGCAGGAUGCCAUCCAGUCCAAGGAAAGUAAAAUCUACAAACCCUUAAAAGACAGCGUCCAGUCCAAGGAGAGUGAAAUGUCCAAGUCCCCACAGGACGCCAUCCAGUCCAAGGAAAGUAAAAUCUACAAACCCUUAAAAGACAGCGUCCAGUCCAAGGAGAGUGAAAUGUCCAAGUCCCCACAGGACGCCAUCCAGUCCAAGGAAAGUAAAAUCUACAAACCCUUAAAAGACAGCGUCCAGUCCAAGGAGAGUGAAAUGUCCAAGUCCCUACAGGACUCCAUCCAGUCCAAGGAAAGUAAAACCUACAAACCCUUAAAAGACAGCGUCCAGUCCAAGGAGAGUGAAAUGUCCAAGUCCCCACAGGACGCCAUCCAGUCCAAAGAAGGUAAAAUCUACAAACCCUUAAAAGACAGCAUCCAGUCCAAGGAGAGUGAAAUGUCCAAGUCCCCACAGGACGCCAUCCAGUCCAAAGAAGGUAAAAUCUACAAACCCUUAAAAGACAGCAUCCAGUCCAAGGAGAGUGAAAUGUCCAAGUCCCCACAGGACGCCAUCCAGUCCAAAGAAGGUAAAAUCUACAAACCCUUAAAAGACAGCGUCCAGUCCAAGGAGAGUGAAAUGUCCAAGUCCCCACAGGACGCCAUCCAGUCCAAAGAAGAUAUUCUCAAGUCCCCAGAAGACACCAUCCAAUCCAAGGAAGAAAUUACCACGUCCCCAGAAGAUGCCAUCCAGUCCCAGGAAGGUGUCAGUAUCAAGUCUUCAGAAGAAGAUUUGAAGCCCUUGGAGAGCAAAUUCUUACAUCUUGAAACAGAACUAGAGCCCCUAGAGGAAGGCUUUGUGCGAGUGAUCAGAGACAAGGAGGAAUUUGAGGAGGUGCUCAAAGAUGCUGGAGAGAAGCUGGUGGCUGUGGAUUUCUCAGCCGCUUGGUGUGGCCCUUGCAGAAUGAUGAAGCCACUCUUCCAUUCCCUGUCUUUGAAGCACGAGGAUGUGAUAUUCUUGGAGGUGGACACGGAGGACUGUGAGCAGUUGGUGCAAGACUGUGAGAUCUUUCACCUCCCAACUUUCCAGUUUUAUAAAAAAGAAGAAAAGGUGGGUGAAUUUUCUGGUGCCCUUGUGGGAAAACUCGAAAGAAGCAUUGAGGAAUUAAAGUAA